AGUGGCGCCGCAAAGCGCGGUGAGGUUUGCACGACAGUGCGGAGAAAAGGGAAGAAGGAAGGACCCGUCUUCUUUGGUGCUGCCCGGGAAGUAAGAUGGCGGCUGAGGUACAGUCUGUGCUCUUCGUGUGUCUGGGGAAUAUUUGCCGAUCACCCAUAGCUGAAGCAGUUUUUAGAAAACUUGUAACUGAUGAAAGCAUUGAAAAUAAGUGGAGAAUAGACAGUGCAGCAACAUCUACUUAUGAAAUAGGAAACCCUCCUGAUUUUCGGGGACAGACUUGUAUGAGGAAGCAUGGCAUUACCAUGAAUCAUAUUGCCAGACAGAUUACUAAAGACGAUUUCCUUACAUUCGAUUAUAUACUUUGCAUGGAUGAAAGCAACCUAAGAGAUCUGAAAAGAAAAAGUAAUCAAGUUAAAAACUGUACAGCUAAAAUUGAACUCCUUGGGAGCUAUGAUCCACAAAAACAGCUUAUUAUUGAAGAUCCAUACUAUGGAAAUGAAAAAGACUUUGAGACUGUUUACGAGCAGUGUGUUAGAUGCUGUAAGGCAUUUUUGGAGAAGUCUCGUUAGUGCCACACCAUUUUAUUUCUAAAAGGAAAUAAUAUUUAGCUCCUUCUUUGAAGUGGUAUAUAAAUUUCACUAGAUUAAUGUAUUUAAAAUGUAAUAUUGCAUCUCUUCAGGAAAUUCUAACUGCAGCUUCUUUAAUUUUAGUUUUGUAUUGUAGCUAUCCUAUGGCCUAACUCAGAAGAAUUUGGAAAAGUUUUAAAAAUUGUAUUUGAAGAUCAGCUAUUUUGUUGGACAUCAGUGUAACAAAGUGUUUCAUUCAGAGACCAGCAAAAUAAAUGUUUAUGAACUCUC